GGAGGGUCCCUGAAACCUGUGCGUUGAAGCAGGCGUCUGCGAGCUGAGAGCACGGAUCCCGGCAGCUAAACAGGAGAUUUGUGAGACUGUAAUGUUUAACAGCGUCUGAGUUGCUAUGCCUCAGUAAGCAGAGCUGCCGGAGCGCAAAAGACCCAGAGAGGUGCAGGUGGAAGCCGGUACUGGUUGCAGAGAGAGGACGUUGUCUGGAGGUGGCUGGUUCGGCCAUAGCAAUCCACUCACUGGCACGCAACAAAGCUCCAAGCAGAGCUGGAAAGCAGGUACAACAGGCACAGCUCCAGGGAGUGGCAUGGGAGGGAAGCUGAAGAGGAGGGGCGUGAGGAAUCCAGGCUACCGCUGCUUUACCACUGCUUCAUCCUCAGCCCUCCUGGCACAGACUUAUCCUCUGUCACAAGAUCUUCUCCAUCAGCAGCUACCAAACCUCUUAGAUGAGACCAGUUCCUCAGAACCCUUUGUCUCACUUCCUGGAAGACACAGAAUCUGGAAGAAUCAUCUGAAGAAAAUUGCUCCCCAAAGCAAGGGCACAGAGCAUUGAAAAACCCAAGGGUUGAGCCUCUGGACACCAUUAACAAACACAGAUCUUCCCCACAGCAGUCAGGGUUGCAGCAACUGCUCCCUGGUCUCCAAGCGGCCUAGCUCCAUGGAGGAGGAAGAAGACAAUUUUGUGCUUUUCUUUGGGGUCAACACCAGCAAGUGCAGCCUUGAGACUAACCAAACAGGAGCCCCACCAUGCUGGUCAGGAGCUGCCAAGGGCGGUCCUGAGGUGGUUAUCGUACCAGUGCUUUUUGGCUUGAUUUUCCUGCUGGGAAUGGUGGGGAACACAAUGGUGUUGGUUAUUUUGGUUCGUGUCCGGCCUGGGGGACGCUCAUCAUGCAGUACCACGAAUAUCUUCAUCCUGAACUUGAGUAUUGCAGACUUCUCCUUUUUACUCUUCUGUGUCCCCUUCCAGGCUACCAUCUACUCCCUUCCAGAGUGGAUCUUUGGUGCCUUCUUUUGCAAGUGGGUUCACUACUUGGCCAUGGCAACAAUGCUGGUCAGCAUCUUUACUCUGGUGGCUAUGUCUGUGGACAGAUACAUUGCUGUGGUUCAUGCCAAGCAUUCGUCUGACAUCCGCAGCAAACGCAACGCUGUCCUCGGCGUGGGUGUAAUCUGGUUGCUGUCUCUACUCAUUGCCAUCCCUGUGGCCCAGCACCAGGCCCUUAUGAGUGGUCAUCAGCAGGCACCCAACAGCUCCUUCUGCUGGGAGAAUUGGGCAGAGGGCUCAACAGCCAAGCAGACCUAUAAGGUUAUGAUCCUGCUAGUAGGAUACCUCCUGCCUCUGGUGCUCAUCACCUGCUGCUACGCCAAGGUUUUGCAUCAUCUUCACACAAAAGUAAAGAAUAUUUCUAAGAAGUCAGAAAGAUCAAAGAAGAAGGCCAAACAGCAUCUUUGGCAUCCCUACUGCAACUGCUUUUUGUUCCAACUACUUCUCUUAGCACUUUAUAAGGCAUCCUUCUUGCACUCACUCCAUUCCCAUGUGUGCUUUCAGAGUAUCCUUGAAACACACUGAGCAUCAAACAUUUAAAGCAGAUCUUCCUAAGAACACUUCACGUUAGAGCCUAAUAGGAAAUUUAUAUGUACAUGUCAGUUCUGUUAAAUUAGCUUCCUUCAUUUGUAUCUAAUUGAUCUAUUAGAGACAAAUAGUUGCACUUGGUUUUAAUUCACAAACUUCAUCAGAGAUUAAACGAACAGCUUUUGCUUAUUUUGCUCAGAAGUUUGACUAGUGAAUCUUGCUCCAUGUUUGGAAAGUUAAUUUAGCCUAUACAAAACAUCUAGCUUCAUGAAAUAUGGGUGGAUAGACCCUUACCACCUUGGAUCCAUAAAAACCAAGUGUAACAUAAAAGCAAGAUCUUAGAACAUAAGGUGAUAAAAUUACUUGAUUCUUAUCUAUUAAUUUAGCAUGCAUUUGAUCACACUGACAGAAAAAAAAAUCCCACACUGAUAUUAAAAAUAAGAAUUCAGUCUGGAUCUACGACCAUUCAGCUCUUACUUCAUUCCUACAAAUUGAAGAAAACAGCACAACUGAGCUCUUAUCCUCCUCCCACCUUUAAGAGAAAGGUUGUAGUGUGUGGCCUGUUUGUAUUUUUUUAGUUUGUUUUUAACAGAAAAGCAGUGAAUUUUGUAAGUGGCUAUUUGUACAUGUUUCAUUACCUUCAUCUAUGCUGUAUAUGCAAGUAAAGGUCUCAAAAAAAAAAAAAAUCAAAUUGCAUGCUUAGAACUUUGUUGAACAAGAGUUUCAGUGAAAUGUCGUCUGCAUUACCACUACAAGCAAAUUGUUCUGCCAUGAGCUCCCAUGGGUUUGCCAUUCAGAAUCCCAGAAACUUUCUUUGCGCUAUAUGGACUCUUGAAGAUAGAGUAAGUUCACAUGAAACAUAGUUCAGAAAUAAACUGCAUGCUAGAGAGUUUAGGGAAGAGACUUCUCAUGGACAGCAUUCCAGAGGCUAGCUGGAAGCACAUUGCUAUUGUAGUACAUUAUAGGGUCCUUUCAAAACAAACAAAAAGCCUUAUGAUUGGGUAAGAUUUUUUAUUUUUAAACAGCUUGUUUCUGGAUCUAGAGCAUUUGGUAACCUCGUUGGAGUUUUAGUGUUUUACUAUUCUUAUUCUAUCCAACUCCAAAUAAUAAUGUAACAUUGGUAAUAUACAGAAAAGACCUCAUCCUAAUUCACACAAUUUAAGGAACUGAAUAGAGAAAUUGAUGAAUGCAGUAGGGAAGCAUUAUAGGGACAAAUCAAAUUUAAGCCACUUGAAUGGUUAGAAAGGAGCCCAUAUUUGAUCUGCUGUAGGUACAUCCUCUCAAUCUCAAAUCAACACGUGAAAGAUAAGGGCAGUACUUACAGAACAUGUAAGAAAGAUUGCUAGAUGCAAACCUAGGGUAAUUUCUAAAAUGAUAACGAUCACAUGGCCAAGUGAACAAUUCCAGUAGUAUUAUAUAUUCCAGUAUAUAUUCCAAUAUAUCCAGUAUAUAUUCCAAUAUAUUCCAGUAUAUAUUCCAGUAGUAGUAUAUACCUGACUUAAUUUCAAAGCUGCAACAAAGAAGACAACAUAAAACUGUACUUAAUUCCAUCUGAGCACACGAAUGAUAGUACACAGUCCAGAUAAUUGGUACUGUACAUCAACCUCAACCUUUAAAGACCAUAGUGUAACUUCAAUUAAAAAAAACCAACUAACCUUAAUGAAAAACACUAGAAAUUUGUUAUUCUACAUCUUUUCUUGUGUCUUCCAUCAACUUUUUCUGCAGUUUUGAGGCACAGCAUGAUUUUCCUGUGCCUCAAAGUGCUCUCAGCCUUCCCCUGAGACCUACCCAGAGUGUGCUACCAACACACCCAGCAGAAAAGCACCAUCUUCCUAGAGAUGGAGCAGAGCUGCACAGGCAGGCAUACAUACCUACUGUCAAGACAGCUGAGUAAGAGAACAAAACUCAGUUAAAAAAAUUGUUCUUUAGCUACCUGCUCAAGUAAAAGAAGUUCUGACAGACAUACCUGGAAUAGGACAGCAUUGCUGCCUAAUUUCUCAUCAAGGGAUCCUUGUCAAAAAGUUCCUUUGGAAACUAGCUUAUGAAGUCUCUUCUCUAAAUGCCAAGCUUUAUUCCAGCAGUACCAUAUCUCCCAGAUAAAAUCACUACAGGACAUACCUGGAGUUCCAGCAAAUUUCAUUCUGUACCUUGCAUUCAAAGCCAUUUUUCUUUCUUUUCAGUUUUUUUCUGAUCUUCCUACCAUUGUCCCAUUUGCCACAGUAUUGUACUAAAAGUUUACAUUAUUUGAGGACAUGUAGGAGCUAGAAGAACAGAUAGGAAGGCCCUGUUUUCUUAGGCCAACAUACUAGUGGGAAAUGUUUAGAUACGACAUUAAAAAUUACAAACAUGUUUGGUUAGAGUGAGCUCAGCUUAUGAAUAACUGAGAGAGCUCAGACAGUCUACCUCACCUGCCAAAAGUCAGCAUUCAAAAACAUUGCUGAAAAUAACAGGUUUGCCUUUAGUAGAAUCUGAGCAUGACAUAAAAUCUUCCAGGUACAUCUGUCACAAAGGAAUUAAAAGCAUUUGUGCUUGAGUUGCAAUUCAUAAGCUCUUGAGUUACAAUGUGCACCUUAUUCAAACUACUGCAGUUUGGUUUUUUUUCAAUUUACGCACAUUUGAAGCUGUAAAAAUUUAACAUGCCCAAAGGUUGAUGCAUUCUGAAUUCAUACUUUGUUAUCAAAAGAUUGACCUUGAAUUCAUGUUCCUACCUUGCACUUUUUUUUUUUUUAUAUAGUUCAAUCAUCUACAUGUAGAUGUUGGACCAGCUCAGUUUGAUAAGAUUUUCCAUUUAUAUGGAACAUUUGUGCAGACCAGGGGAUAAAUCCAGUAAUUUCUGCAAGCUUGUGCUGAAAUUCUGCACGCUGAACUAAGCCAGACUGUGCGUGCAAAAAAAUGCAUGAAUGCCAGCUUCCAUAUUUAAAUUCUUGCUAGCUGAACUCACUCACCAACCCUACAGCUGAGAUGGUGAGAUGCUAAGGGAUUCCCCUUUGCAAUUUUGGAUAAUCAUUUCUUGAGGCAGGCCAGCAAGACUAUGUGCUAAGAAAUCCUGUGCACUUCUCAAUCACAAAAUAUAUUCCAGAUCUGCUAUUUUGUUGUGUAUUAUGCAUAGUAAAACUGCAAUUUAUCUCCAAGGAAAGUUAACAACUCCCCACCUAAUAGUGCUGAAAAAGUAUUUCCUAAUAGCCCAGCCCUAGGAACUCUGAACAUAUAUUUGCAAUAAAUCAGAUAUUUUAAUAAUGGAAAUGAAUGCUUUGGAAAUGGAAAGGUUUAUUCUGAUCAUGAACCGGCCCUGCAGUGCCUUACUGGCCUCUGAAGCACACCAGGGUUCCUAAAUGUUUACUUGGUUUUGCCCUGUACAUCUUUAAAGAGCAAACAAGUUGCAAACUGAACAACCUGAUUUUUUUUCAGGUUUAAAAAGGGUUUUAGGGUUGUGAAUUUCACAGCUAUCUUGAAAGCACCCUUAUAAAGAAGAAAGAGUUGUGGAAUUUUUAGAGGUAACGGUGGUCAAAGCCUCCAAUUAACAGACCAAUUGAAACAUCUGAUUCUAAAAAAUUAGUAUAGUUCUUCCCUAAUUUUUUUUUUUUAGCUACAAUAGGAAGGUGAAAAGGUGGGAAAAUACAUUCUUGUUUGUUCUAUAUUCUUUUCCUAGUAAUUCCUAAAUUUUUCCCCCUCUUCUUACCACUGUUUGAGAAAUAAGCUAAUGUGUUUACAAAGCACACAAACCAAAGGUCUUGUUCCAAAAUUAUACUAGUCAAUUUAAAGCACAACUUCCUUUAUGAAGCUAAGAUUGUUUUCUACCUCAGCUUGUAUAUUCAUAAUCCUACAUUUAGCUACAUAUAAAGUUCAUUGUUCCCAGAGCUACGUAAAUACAAAUACAUGGAGCUGAUUUGGGACAUUCCCUGGAGCACCUCUUUUUGAAGGUCAAAUUACAGUUUGAGGUAAAAUAUUCAUAAAUUCUUCAAGGUAUUCUGGUCAAAAGCAUUUUGGUGAAGAACUGCUUUCUUGUAUGCCGAAUCCUUUAUUUGACUGCUGUUCACACACCCAGAGGGUUUUCGUAUACUCUUAAUGAUUACGAUGCUUGAGGUAAGGUGAUGGUGAUGCUUGAGCACAACCAACUGUAAGUACAUCAAAGUAGCAUGGGACAUCUUGGGAUCGAUUCAAUAACAGCAAAAAAUAUAUUAAUCAGAAGUGAAAUCCUACAUGUUUUCUUGUUAACAAGAACAUAGAGUAGCAGAAAUAGAGAGCUUCAUUGCCAAUUAGUAGAUAAUAGAAAAUCAUAAUGCUCAUAAGCAUUUAUGAGUACAAAGUGAGCCGGUAUUAAGAGCAUCAGAGGAGAUUAGUAGCAAAAUCAUAGAAUCAGAAGUGUGCAGGGGAGCAGUCAGACCAGAGUGAUCAAGCUUCUAGGGGAAAUGAAGAGUUCACCUCUCAGCUUGCUAUGCAAACAGCCAAGAUUGACUGAUUACAAAUCAAAGUUCAUUUCAGUCCCUCCUCUUCUUCAUAGUAGCUAACUGCCAUUUCUGACUGCAAAAAACAAAGAACAGAGCAAUGGAGAAAAAAAAACAAGAACAUUUUGAGUGCAGUUUUAGACCAGUUUUGAUCAGUUACACCAGAGAAUAAUGAAAGAAAGACCAGAGGGCAGUGAGAAGUGUUCCAUAAUCAAGUAACAGAUGGGUUUUCUCUGAAGCAGAAUCUUCUACCCAACAUUUAAGCUGGUUAAGAACAGAUACAGACUUUUUUGAAACAUCUGUUUCGAAACAUUACGUGCUUAUCACUAAGCCAUAAGCACAUUUCUGUAGUUCAAGUUGUGCCCUGGGACCUUCCUGGUGUUUAAACUUUAUGGAAAGUAAGGCUUACAAAUGCAUCAGUGGGAUUUAGAUUUGUGAACACAGAAUAAAAGAAUCUGCUAUGAGGAAAAUAAAAAACUUGACAGUUUUCACUUCUGCACAUUGGCUUGAAGAGAGACUGGACUCCAAGCAAAGAAAUGUAUGAAUUAUUUCUUUCUUCAGAAAACAGAGUAUGCUGGAAUUGAGGGUGAAGCUGGUAAGUACCUCCAUCAAUACAGUAAUAGACUGCACUGAACUACAUAUUCUUUCUGGGCACUGACGCAGUGCACCAUCUAAAAGCAAAAAGCUUAGAGCACUGUGAAUUGCUGUUUUUUUUGCAGAACACCCACCACAGUAGAAUUACAACAUGUAGCCAAAGCUGACACUUGGUAGCUUACCCAAAUCAAACGUGAAGUGAUCAAAACUUGUACCAACUGUCUCUAAAACAUUAGGGAAAAGGAGAAGUAAGUUAGAGACAGCACAACAGGAGAAAAUAAUUAAUCAUAGAAAACACAUAACUUUGUAUUAGAAGUCAAGAGAAAAGUACUGGCCUCCAUACACAGGCUGAGAAGUAUGGCAUGAUGUGAAAAACCAGCCCUAGAUAGUAUAAAGCUGCCUUUGAACUCACUGCAGUACAUCAUUAAUUGAAACUAGUUUUGGUGAGUGAGGGGAAAGACCCCCCCAAGUAUGGAACAGGUUCAUUAUAUACACUGUCCUCCCACACAGCAGUAAAAAAAAAAAAAAAAAAAAAAAAAAAAAAAAAAAAAAAGGAUGAGUCAGUUGUUGUUAAUGAGGAAGUGCAGAAAAAACAGGCAUAGAUUUCUUCCUGCUUCUUCCUUCAGAACCAUGGAAUGGGGAGGAAAAAACUCCAUCAUAUUCUGGAAACAGCAGCUGUCCCACUAACAAAGCUCAGUUUUUCUGCAAGAGAGAACGUACUGUUCAAUAAAAGCCUAACUGAAUGUUCUUCCCCAUUUCUGUUUGGCUGAGGCACAUAAUACAAAUGGAUAGUCUGAUCAGCUCUGAAAAAAUAUGUCUAAACUAGAUCAGGAAAGUGACAGACUCUCUCUCCAAAGUCUGCCUUUAGACCGCUCUAUCCACUGCAUAUUUUAAUCUCAUUAUGGUUUAUUAAUCUAAUGCAUCAGGUAGUUACACAAAAGAUAGAUAAGCCCACAGAAUACUUGAAGCAUUUGAUUCAUUACAGUACAAUCUUAAUUUUGCCCUUGACAAGUUGAAGCAUCUUCAUUAUGAUUUCAUCAACAGUAACAGCUCCAAAGCCACAGUUAAAUGCUAAAGACUUCAUCACUCUGCAGAAUGAGGCAUCUCCCUCAAGAAAAGGUCUUUAAACAUGUUUCCCAUUGCUUUUUGAAGGGCAGAGGACAACUAAAAGCAAGAUAUAGCUUGUUCAGGGCUGAAGAAAAUAAAAAAAUCAAAGGGAAAACAAAGAAAAGCAGGAAAGUGAGGUUCAAACUGUAAGUUGCUUGGGUUGAAAGGGACCUUAAAUAUCACCUAUAAAAACAGCAGAAGAAUAAAGGGAGAUAGAACACCCAAGAAAAAAAAAUUGUUUAUUUAACAAAUAUAUUAUUAUUUCUCCUGGUCUCUACUUCCCAGCCUGCCACUGAUCCUCCAUAUAGCUUAAACACUUCCUUUGUACUUUAGCUCCUAACGAACUGCGAGGUUGUUUCGUGGAGCUGCUUGAAAGCGAGUGUGAAAUAUUACUAAGCAACAGAUAAAUAAUCCAGUCUUGGCCACUGUACAUGCCUAAUAUGGACUAAUGAAACUUCAGAAAUGAACCAUAAGGUUAACAUGGGCACAUCUAGACCAGCAGUAAUCCAUUAACAGUGCAAAUUAUCUCAACUCACUGAACAAACUCAAACAGUACGGAAGUUAUUUGGAUCCGUCUUCUGCAGCUGUUCACGGUCUGUAUUAAUACUAGCUUUAGCUAGAGAAAUUUUAAAAGUAAAACAACACAUUGUUUCAGUUCCCUCUCUUAACCAUAUAUCCCAUAACUUGAAAAAGAAAUAAAAAGAUGAAAAUUCAAUUUCCAAAACAUGUUCCUUAAGUCAUGACUUAUGUAUACAAUUGCUCUACUAUUGUCUGUAUUUAUAUUUCCAAUAUCCCAAAUAGUUGGAUCUCAGAAACAGCUUUGUGCUAAUACAUAGCAACUGCAGCUUCAUUUUUAAUAACUAGCCCUAUGCUGAAUGCACAGUUUGUCAUUUCACAGUAAGAAGAAAAAAUAAUCUAGAUCAAUAACCCCUAUUCAAAAGAAUUUUUCAGUGCUUGUAGCCUCCUAAUUCAAGCAGAGGGAUGCUAUCAAAGGUUGUCUUGGUAACAACUCCAAGCUACUUAUCAUUGAUACAGGAUUAAAAAAAAGUAGCACCAUUAUUGCUGGUGAGAGUUAAGAAUGCUACAUGUCAUUAAUAAUUUCAUUAGCACCCAUCAUACCACAGUAGGCAAGCUAGACCCAACAAGACCACUUCUUCUGUGUCUUUCAGUUUCAGUAACUCCCAGUCACACCAGCACCUUAAGGACAGCUUCUGGUUCCCUGUGUGGUCAUUUUUAAGAGUUUGCAAGCAGAGGUUGUUCAUUCACAUGGGAAUAUGCUUUGUCACCCUAUAUGUCAGACAGCAUUCUGGUAUGUGAAAUAAGGAAGCACCUGAAAUAUGCUAGGGGUAAGAUGAAUCUAAAGGCCUUUCAAAAUGAAUACAAACCUACUUGAUGUAUUUAUUUUACUUAAAUCUCUCUCCUCCCCGUAUUUUUUAAAUUUAUUUUUUUCUGAUCUGCACAGAUCUUGAUCUGAUGAAAUAACAUAUUCCUAAAGUUUAACAGAUUUCAUUGGCUCAUUAAUGUAGUUAAGAACAAGUGAAGGUAGCACUGUUGUCUCUUCUCCAAACACAUUUUUCUGUUUCAGUGAUCAUCUGUUUUUAUUGCAGGAGAUCAUUGCUGCAGGCCCUAUGUAAACACAACAAAGAUAUUGCCUGUCCAAUACAGAGAACACCCCCAUACCUCAUCAUGGAGUUGACUUUUCUGCAGGGUUAAACAAACAGGAAGAAAAAACAGUUCCCAAGAAAGCACCUUUAUGCUUCACCCACAUUAUUACUGUUAGAGUAAGCAUAAUAUACUUUAAACAUAUUAGCAUGAUUCAUUCACAUAUAAAACCAGAAUGAAUAUAUAUGUUAUAAGCAGUAAUUAUAACUGUAGCACGCCCACACGUUCUUCAGGUUUUAAAUGCAGGUUUCAGAAAGGUCAGCACAAUAUAAAAGUCCUGAACUAACUCCAUUUGACUAGAUCAAGUAAAUUCUAGCAAUAGAUUUAAUGAAGAAACAGUAGCUGAACACACGAGCAUAGUACUUUCUGAGAAAUGCACGCUUGUUUUUUGUUUGUUUGCAUUUUAAAAAUUGAGUCAACCCCAAAAGAUUUUGAAACUUCAAGAGCAUCAUAGGGCUGUUUGACCCAUAUCUUCAACCCCUUGCAAAAAGCUGGUUUAUAAACAUUUAACACUUGUUUAUAAAUAUUUUAGCAGUGACUCCCAUAAGUUCUUGUGUAUGGGACUGCGGUCACAUUUUAGGACCACUGACUUUACACGACAAUACCUAAGCAUCUUCCUUACUUUCUUCUGUGAAGAAAUGUUAUCCUACUCUUUCUUGGAGCAUGCUGUCAUAUUUCCUCCAUUGCUGUCAUCAUCUCCAGAGUAUGAUCUUCAUAGUCUGCAAUACAGAAACCUCCUGUCAGCCAGUAUACAUUCAUGAACAUUAUACCUAAUUUACUGAUACAGGAACAAAGAAAAAGCCUUCACUGAAGUAAACUCCAGAUGACUGAAGUUUUACUGCAUUUUUAUUGAAGCACCACUGACAAGGGAAAUACUGCAAAUGCUCUGAGAAGCCAAGUCUUUUAAGCCACCAGAGACAUCAUCUAAAACAUAAUCCCUUUGGAAAUCCAGCUUCAUUAGUUCUGUUGCUCAUUUAAUUACCUUGUUUUCCUCAUAUUACCCUUUAUACAGGACUAAGCAUGAAGACAUAGGAAAACAAACUGCAGUUUCUAUCUCAGCAGAAACACAAAUAGUAUCAAGGAAGGAGUAAAUGAUUUUUGAAACAUUUUCCCAUUUUAAUGGGAAUCCAAAAAUCUUCUUCCUCAGCCCAACUCUACUCAGCCACUUUAGCCACCAUGGAAAUACUGCCAAGGUGAUCUGCUUAUUUUGGCAUGUCAUACCAACUGUGGAGUGCUGAUGAAAAGUUGGAGCACAUACAGAGGAUUUUCAGCAGCUUUUUUAUUUGACAUAUUGCAAGUCAGGGAUAGAUUUGCUUUCUCCUAGAAAAGCUUACGUGCUUUGUUGUUGGAUAAAUUUAACUCUGCCUCUUUAUAACCUCUGUUUAUACAUUCUAGCAUAACAGGUAAUGUGACAGAGUGCUACAGUAAUUUAAAAUGAUAUUUGAAAACCUGCAGGUGUUUCUCCAGCAAACAAUUGCUAGAUGGAGUCUCUAUAACCAGUGAUUAAAUGAGUUUUUUGUUCACUAGGAAAUUAUCUCUCUUCUAGGGAAGUGCUUGCUGUUUGCUUGAAAUUAUGGAAGGGAGUUACUGACUGAAGCAUUGACCAAGGCUGUAAACCUUAAGCUGAAAUAAAGCCUAAGUUCUCAUUUU